CUGCUGUUUCCCCCCGCCAUUCCUCGCUGGCCCGUUGGUUUCAAGUAUAUAUAAUGCUUUUGCGGAAAGUGGCUUGAUUACAAGUAAACGGCAGCAAUGGCGUCCUCAGAAGCGGCCACCGAGCACCCCAAUGACGAAUAUGAAGAAAAGAAUGUCCAUGAGGUGUAUCAGCAAAUUGCGAACCAUUUCUCGGCCACUCGUUAUAAGCCAUGGCCAAUUGUGGAACGGUUCCUCAAAGAAUUGACUCCAGGUGCGGUCGGAUUGGACGUGGGAUGCGGCAAUGGCAAAUACCUGUCCGUGAACCAGGAUGUUUUUAUUGUGGCUUCCGAUCGGUCGGAAAAUCUCGCCCGAAUCGCUGUAAAACACCAGCCACAUUCAACAAUCGUCGCGGAUAUUCUGAAUUUGCCCCAUCCAGAUUCAUUUUUCGACUUUGCUCUAUCCAUCGCCGUCAUUCAUCAUUUGUCCACUCCUGACCGGAGAAUUCAAGCCAUACGCGAGAUUCUGCGCACGUUAAGGCCUGCCAUGCCGAAUGCGCCAGGUGGAAAGGCUCUACUCUAUGUCUGGGCACUAGAGCAGAAGACCAGUCGAAGGGGCUGGGAUAAAGGCGACCAAAAGGACGUGAUGGUUCCGUGGGUCAUGAAGCAAAAAGCUUCUCAAGGCCAUUCGGAUGAAGAACCGAAAGUUUUCCAUCGAUACUACCAUCUCUUCGAGGAAAUGGAGCUUGAGCGUGAUAUCGGAGCGGCGGGUGGUCUUGUCCUCGAAUCAGGUUAUGACAGGGAUAAUUGGUGGGCGAUCGCGACUCGGUCAGAUCAGGAAGCGUCAUAA